UGAUGCAGAGAAAGAUCCAGUAUUAUAUGAAGUGAUGAAAACCAAUAUGGUUCAUGGACCUUGCAGACACCACAAUCCCACUUCGGUUUGUAUGUCUGACAAUAAAUUCACGAAACAUUAUCCAUGUGCUUUCCGGAAACACAAACAGGAAAUGAUGGAUAUCCACUCUAUCGGCGUCGCUGACCAGACGACAAUGGCAGACAUUUAGUAUUCAAUUUAGAGGCGUAAAUAUCGAAGUUAACAACACAUCAAGGUUGACAACACAUGGAUCGUACCAUAUUCGCCACUAUUGUCUAAUUCACAUUCAAAAGUCAUGUGAAUGUUGUGUAUUGUAGUUUGGUGUAAUCGAUAAAAUACGUUUGUAAAUACGUCACCAUAGGAAGCAACAUGGCGGUUAUUGGUUUUGGACAACACGGUCGCUACGUGAACUGAAAUAAAGCGCUUUGUAGGAUAUUUACUUUUGCAAUUCAUGAACGUUUUCCGACUGUUGUGCGUCUCGAAGUAAAUUUGGAGAAUGACCAAAGAGUAUAUUUCAACCCAGAGAAUACAGUACAGUCAACAGAAGCACUACCAGCAACAAAUUUAACAUUGGCGAGUUUUUUCUCAACUUCUGUCAGUGAUCCGUUUGCGAGAUCAUUGCUUUAUUCGAAAUACGUUGAUAUUAUACAUGGGAUGCAUCAUCGAAGAAAUAGUUACGCAGAAAGCAGGGUCAUCCAGUAGAUGGACAUCCAGGUGUGUUCUCAACUAAUGCAUUAGAACGAACUUACACAAUCCACCCGUAAAACGACUAUUGCUUCUACCUUCGGUUGCUAUUGAUUAAUGUACGCGGUUCAAAUUCAUUAGAGUUAUUGCAUACUGUGAAUGGUACGGUGUAUGCAAGUUUUUGAGAAGCAAGCCAGCAAUUACAAUUGCUGGAAUAUGAUGAUCACUGGAAUCAAACGGAAGACGAUGCGAUGGCUACUCCGAAUGCCACUGAAGUUCGCACACAUUUCGCGAUGAUCAGCCUUCAAAUCUGCGUUAUGGGAUACGACCGAAAAUUACAUUGUCGAAGACAUUUUACAUUGUAUACGCUAAGAAUUGGAAAUGGGUCAAUACUGGUUGAUACUUCCCGUGGUCUGAUAUCAAUCCCAUAUGCCGUUUAUCAAUUCACGAAAGAUGGACUCAUCACGAAUGUUUAUACGAACAUUGGCCAAAUUUUCAUUUACUUCCCAAUUUUUUCGCUAAUGACCAUGUCAGAACAAAUCUUAGGAAAAUAAUUGAAAGAUUGAAGUGGUUCAAUCGUCGGUGAAUAAUGUGCAAACGUCAAUGUCGCCUUUGUUACGAAUCAAUGUACCGUGCGAACUGUACAAAAAAAGCAGCAAGUUGAUGGGCCCUUGGUCUCUAAUCGGAGCGCUAAUAGUGCUCUCAGCAACAGCUGGGGAUUCCACUAGCAAAAUUAUAGCGCCGCAACAAAGUAGCAGAAUUAGUAGCGGCAGCCAUGCCAACGGCAACGCAGAUUACACCACAGCGACCGUAAGUGUUGUCGGCGUAGCUGGUAGUCGUGUUAGUGGAAAUGGUGUUGGAGGUGGUACUGUUGUCACUGGCAAUGGUGUAAUAGUGGCAGGUAGCGCUGGACCUUCGUCUAUGUUAAACAAUGUUGUUGAAGAACCCGAAUUUACUGACUACAUCGAAAAUGUAACUGUACCUGCUGGAAGAAAUGUUAAAUUGGGCUGCUCUGUAAAGAAUCUUGGAUCGUAUAAGGUUGCAUGGAUGCAUUUUGAACAAUCUGCAAUAUUAACGGUGCAUAAUCAUGUGAUUACGCGCAAUCCACGCAUCAGCGUAACACACGACAAACAUGAUCGACAUCGGACUUGGUAUCUACAUAUAAGCAAUGUACAUGAAGAGGACAAAGGACGUUAUAUGUGUCAGAUAAACACAGUAACCGCUAAGACACAAUUUGGAUAUCUAAAUGUGGUUGUACCACCCAACAUCGAUGAUUCACUCAGUUCCAGUGAUGUUAUUGUACGUGAAGGUACUAAUAUAUCCCUGCGUUGCCGAGCCAGUGGUAGCCCACGACCAAUUAUUAAAUGGAAGCGAGAUGACAAUUCAAGAAUCACAAUUAAUAAAAACUAUAUAGUGAACGAAUGGGAAGGUGAUACUCUGGAGAUUACAAGAAUAUCUCGGCUUGACAUGGGCGCCUACCUCUGUAUAGCAUCGAACGGAGUACCUCCAACAGUGUCCAAGCGUAUUAAGGUCAGCGUAGACUUCCCUCCAAUGCUUUUGAUACCCCAUCAAUUGGUUGGAGCUCCUGAAGGUUUCAACGUAACAAUCGAAUGUUUCACGGAAGCACAUCCAACUUCGUUAAAUUACUGGACUCGUGGAGAAGGCCCCAUUAUACAUGACUCCUAUAAAUACAAGGUGGAAUCUAGUGUUGGUGUUCCAGUUUAUAAAACUCAUAUGAAAUUAACCAUUAUAAACGUUAGCAGUGGCGAUGAUGGCAUUUACAAAUGUGUGGCCAAAAACCCACGUGGAGAAACCGAUGGUGUAAUUCGGCUGUACGUUUCAUAUCCACCAACCACACCACCUCCUGGACCUUUUUCUACUGAAAUUCGUUGGGAUGUAUUUUUCGGGCACGGUAGUGAGACAUCACGAUCAAGUUAUGGCAGUUAUGGCCAGGACAAAAGUACACGUUUUCUAUCCAAUCUAAAUGAAAUCGGCUUAUCAGAACGAAAAUCAUUUGCUGAUAAAACGAAUGGCGGUCCAGGAGCAAGUAGCACCGAUGCAGCCCACCAUGACAAGGUUGGUCUAAAUGGUGGAGCACUGUCAAAAAUAUUGGCCAAUAAACUAAUGUGGAUUGCUAUGCUUAUAGUAUUAAGGCUAUGUUUAUGAGAACAUAACAUCACAAGCUCCAAUGUUCCAUACCGAAGCAUGAGUUUAUUAAAAAUAUACCAUAUAUCUGCAUUCAUAUAUCAUAUAAGCAUCUAUGUAAUGUAUGUAACGCUUUCGUAGUACAUAUUACUCCCCAAAUGCCUUCAUGCUCGUUCUCUUAAAUCAUACUUCGCGAUCGCAUGGCCAUAUAAAUAUAUACAUACAUAUAUAUCAAUAUAUACAAUAUAGAUACGAAUAUAUAAGUUAAAUAAUGUUGUAAAUUAUGACCCUUAUACAGAUAUUUUUAAUAAAUAAUCAAAUGCUAGAAUCACAGGUAAACUAAUUUAAAGCGAAAUAAUUAGUACGGCGUUUAAUGCGCUUAUGUUGCCUUUUAGCAAAAGAAAAAUAUCAUUGGGCAAAAAUGCCUAAAAGUGCUCUAGGAAAAGCUUAACAUAUCCCUAAGAUGAGAUUAAUGCUUAGCGGUAUAUAUACAUAUAUAUAUAUAUAUAUAUAUAUAUAUAUAAAGAAAUAUAUGCAAAUAAAUAUACAUAUCUAUAUAUGCAUAAAAACUAAAUGUAUUAUCACAUACACAUACUAUACACUAUGUAAUGUAGAUGAUUUAAAGAACAUACUUGUAUCUUGAAUAAGAAAACAUAUACAUACAUACUUAUGUUUAUUGUUAGUACUUUGUUUGACCUUAAUA